AUGGAGGAUGAGGAUGUGUUAAAUAUUGCAAAACCAAUUGUCUACAAUGAAUCUAUUGCUCACUAUGAGGUUCAUGCUCAUCUACCAUAUGCCUCAGCAACAUUUAAUAACAGUGAUGAAAUAAGAAUAGCUGUACAAAACCAGGAUCAUUGUGUUUUGCCAAGCAAAAGUUUUUUACAUAUUCAAGGAAAAUUACUAAAGGAAAACGGGACACCUGUUACACAUACUAGGUUUAUUAACAAUGCUAUCUGUCAUCUGUUUGAAGAAGCUCGUUAUGAACUAAACGCUAUUGAAAUUGAUAAAAAUAGAAAUGUUGGUCUUACAAGUCUCAUGAAAAAUUACGUUUCUGUUUAUGGAGUUCAAAGUAAAUUUUUAGAAAACGCUGGUUGGUUUUUGACCUGUAACGCAAACACUGUUCUUGUUGACAACCUUGGAAAUUUUGAUAUUUCAAUACCAUUUAAAAUUCUAUUUGGUUUUGCUGAGGACUACCAAAAAAUUAUUGUUAAUGCAAGACAUGAAUUAAUUUUAACCAGAGCAAGAAAUGAUAUGAAUGCGAUUCUACAGACAGGUGAAGAACAAAUUAGUGUAUCCAUUAAUAAAAUUGAAUGGUUAUUACCCAAUGUUCGCUUGUCUGAUUCACGUAAAUUCAAAUUAUUAAAAUACAUUGAGAAAGACCCACUUAUUCCAAUAAGUUUUCGAACAUGGGAACUCUAUGAGUAUCCUUUACUACCACAGACAGCCAAUCACGUGUGGACAGUUAAGACAUCAACGCAGUUGGAAAAACCUCGUUUUAUAAUUUUAGGUUUUCAGACAAAUCGAAAAAAUGUUAAUACUAGAAAUGCCAGUCAUUUUGAUCAUUGUAAAAUUACAAAUGUUAAAUUAUUCUUAAAUAAUCAAAGUUAUCCAUAUGGAAAUUUGAAUUUAGAUUUUGAUAAACGACACUAUGCUGUCCUUUAUGACAUGUAUGCCAAUUUUCAAGCGACGUAUUACAAUAAGGAGCCCCAACCAUACUUAUCGAAAAAUGAGUUUUUUGAAUAUGCUCCACUUAUAGUAAUUGAUUGUUCAAGGCAAAAUGAAUCAUUAAAAUAUGGUCCAGUUGAUAUUCGUCUUGAAUUUGAAUCUAAGAAAAAUUUACCUGACCAAACAGCAGCUUACUGUCUUAUAUUACAUGACAGAAUUGUUGAGUACAGACCAAUUAGCGGUGGGGUUAAAAAAAUCGUUUGA